GGAAUCUAGCAAACGACAGGCUACAGGGAGCAGUGUUACAGGACACGCUUUUUUUACAGAGGAAGCAAUUGCUGUGCACAGGUCCUCACCUUUCAGCUGAGAUUCUGUGAUGUAAGUUCCAGGAGUUUCUCUUUCUGCGAUAACCUUCUCUAUGGCCUCUUCUUGCUGACGUUUGCCCCAGUGUUGGGCACAAAGAGGAAGGAUGCUGAAGAAUGGGUACCCCCCUUUUGUCUUUUAGAACAUGGGCACUUCUGUAAAGAUGCAGCUGUGAUCCUCGGCUCUGUGUCUCACCGAAGGGACCUGAUGUUUUACAUUAUUGGUGGGAUCACAGUAUCUGUGGUAGCUUUCUUCACCAUUAAGUUCCUCUUUGAGCUUGCCGCACGUAUAGUCAGCUUCUUUCAGCAUGAGGACCGGGAACGCCGAGGGGAGCAAACUAUUUAUAACUACAUGCGGGGCAGCUACCUGGAUCCCCGGUCCUGCAAAAUCUCCUGGGAUUGGAAGGACCCCUGUGAGGUGGGCCGUAGCAUGGCCUUCCGAGUGCAUUUAUUCUAUAAAAAUGGGCAACCCUUCCCUAUUCACUGGCCUGUGCAGCUGCGAGUUCACAUCUGCCACGUGGAUUUUGCAAUUGAUAUUCCUGUAACCAAGGAAAUUCUUCAGGAGCCUAAUUCCAAUGUGGUGAAAGUGGCCUUUACUGUGCGGAGGGCUGGGAGAUAUGAGAUCACUGUAAAACUCAGUGGCUCGAAUGUGGCCGACAGCCCCUACUACAAAGUGUUCCAGCCAGGGAUGGUGGUUCCCUCCAAAACCAAAAUUGUCUGCCAUUUCUCCACUCUGGUGCUGACCUGUGGGCAGCAGCACACUCUGCAGAUAGUUCCCAGAGAUGAGUAUGACAAUCCCACCAGCAAUUCCGUGUCCCUGAUAGAUGAUCACAAUUACAGCCUCUCCAUCCAUGAGCUGGGUCCUCAAGAAGAAGAGAGCUCCGAUGUUGUGUUUGAGAAGUCUGUGGUGUCCAAUCGGCAGACCUGCGAAGUGUUCUUCCGGCUCACCUUGCACUGUAGGGGAUGUUUCCAUGCCUGCAUCUCCUACCAGAACCAGCCCAUAAGCAAUGGUGAUUUUGACAUCAUUGUUCUAAGUGAGAACGAGAAGAACAUUGUGGAACGCAACGUGUCCACAUCAGGUGUCAAUAUUUACUUUGAAGCCUACCUUUACGAUGCUCCUAGUUAUACCAACACUCAGUGGCAACUUCCACCAAUGCACCUGGGCUCCUCCCUGCACCGUCCUUCUAAUGCAAUUGAGGAUGAAGACGAAGAUUCUCCCUCUGACAGCCAAACCCCUGAGAAAGUGAAGAAACCUAAAAAAGUGUACUGCUACGUGUCACCUAAGCAAUUCUCAGUGAAAGAAUUUUACAUGAAGAUCAUUCCAUGGCGCCUCUUCACCUUUAGAGUAUGUCCUGGCACGAAGUUUUCAUACCUUGGUCCUGACCCUGUGCACAAAUUACUGACACUGGUGGUGGAUGAUGGGAUCCAACCCCCUGUGGAGCUCAGCUGCAAGGAGAGGAACAUCUUGGCAGCCACUUUCAUUCACUCUCUGCAUAAAAACAUAGGAGGCUCCGAGACCUUCCAGGACAAAGUGAACUUCUUUCAGCAAGAGCUGCGUCAGGUGCAUAUGAAGAGACCUCAUUCGAAGGUCACGCUGAAGGUCAGCCGUCACUGUCUGCUGGAGUCG